CCAGCACACGGUGACAAAAAGGAAAGCUGCAGCGAGCAUUUUCAGGCAACAGUGGUAACUAUUAGUAGUAUUAUUCUCUCAUGCGAUCAACAUACAUAGUGGCUGUAUGGAUGGUUAACCAUGGUUGCCUCUUGACCGCACUACCGGCGUGGCGUGACCUAACCUAACCCGAGCUCCCUCCCUUUCGCCCCCCUGUCUCCCUCGCCCACGCACGCCCUUUAUUAAGGCACAGAGGACAGCACACAGUAUUGUGGGAACUGCAUGCUGAGAGCAAACCCAGAAAGGAAAAAGGAAAAAAAGAAAACAGAGAGAGGGGAGAGUGGGAGACGGUCGGAGACAGAGGCCUCACUCCUCCACACUCUCAGUCGUCUUCCAGUCCCAGCGCUUUCUUGGAUCGCGAGGAAACCACUCGGGGAGUUUGCAGUUGCAGAGAACUGUAUCGGCCGAAGUGGUUGCACGGUGUGUUGGCCUUGGCCAUGCGCCACGGCAGGGAACAGAGACGAGCAGCAGGGAGGCAGCAAUGGAGGCGCUCAUUGACCCUGCUCUCGCUGUAAAGAUAGUCCCGCGGUGCCCUCCGAAUUCCACUUGAUCCAACUCUCGACAUGAAGCGGCCACGCGGCGCUACUCCCUCCCUGUCUGCGAUGCCCAAUCAUCAGGAAGAUGACGGCUACGGCGUGCUCGGGAUGGAGGCGGACGUGGACGUGGACGUGGACGAGGAGAUGAUGGCGUUCGGCGGCGGCGGCGGCGGGGAGAAGAAGCGGCGCCUGAGCGCCGAGCAGGUGCGCGCGCUGGAGCGGAGCUUCGAGGUGGAGAACAAGCUGGAGCCGGAGCGCAAGGCGCGGCUGGCGCGCGACCUCGGCCUGCAGCCCCGCCAGGUCGCCGUCUGGUUCCAGAACCGCCGCGCCCGCUGGAAGACCAAGCAGCUGGAGCGCGACUACGCCGCGCUGCGCCGCUCCUACGACGCGCUUCGGCUCGACCACGACGCGCUCCGCCGCGACAAGGACGCCCUCCUCGCCGAGAUCAGGGAGCUCAAGGCGAAGCUGGGGGACGACGAGGACGCAGCGGCGAGCUUCACGUCGGUCAAGGCGGAGCCGGCGGCCUCGGACGGGCCGGCCCCCGCGGGGGUGGGGUCGUCCGAGAUCAGUGACUCCAGCGCGGUGCUGAACGACGCGGACCCGCCCGUGGCGGAGGCGCCGGCGCCGGCGCCCGAGGUGCAGGGCACCCUUCUUGUCGCGCCGGCUGGCCCCGUUGCCGGCGCAGCGGCGGCGAACCAUGGCGGGGUGUUCUUCCACGGGAGUUUCCUGAAGGUGGAGGAGGACGAGACGGGCCUUUUAGACGACGACGGGCCGUGCGGCGGGUUCUUCGCCGUGGAGCAGCCGCCGGCGAUGGCGUGGUGGAACGAGCCCGCGGAACACUGGAACUGAACCGAGGUGGACGCGGCAGUGCAGCGUAGUAGAAUCGGGAUCUCGGACGAGCGGUGGAGGAAUAACCGAAUAGAGGAAUUCGGAGCGAUAAAGAAGGGGCUUUUCUGCAAAUUUUGUAAAACGGGGUUUUACCUAGCCCUACUUUUUGUCAAUUCUCGAGCGUAUUAGCAGUAGACAGUAGUAGUAGUCUGGGUCGGAACCCAGUCAAGCUCAGCGCCUGGGUUGCGUUUGGACUCCAGUGCAGAAUUGCGUAGAGGAUUUAGAGGAAGAGCGGAGCUGAGCUGAGCGAGGCAGGAGUAAAGGACAACCUGUAUGUCACUGUUAGUGGGCCCAGUGCCACGUGAAAGUCAGGCACUGUUGGUGCCCAUUGACGGCCGGACUUGCCAGCGACGCGGAUGGGCGACGUGAACGUGUCUGGCCGAGCAGUGCGCUCGCUCCCUCCCCCCAAUGGGCCAUGGCCUCUUCCGCGAAAGCGUGCUCCCCUGUAAGUAUCUGAUUUGGAUGCUAGCCAAGGCUGCUGGAUGAUUACUUCGAUUAUCUAAAAAAUCUGAUUUGGAUGCUCGCCGCUAGAUCGUUGGCUCGCUGCGGAGGGAAUCGGCAGCGGUGCCGUCAGAUUGUGGAAUGUGUUCAACGGUUAUCUGUUGGAUUAAUGUGGGCUUGGCCCAAAUUAAUAUUCAAUAAUAGUCAAUGCUAAUGGCCCACUUU